AUGGAAGAGGCAAAGACGUUGCUACAAGAUCUGUGCGAAAAAUUCAAGAAUCCGGCCGAAAAGAAUAUACUCAUGGCGCUGGAUAGCCAAAGGAAAGAAGAAAGACUGAAGAUGGAAACAGUGACCAGGACUCUUCAGGAAAAUGUUCAGCUCUUUAAAAAGAAAAACAUGCAGCUUGAGGGAGAGGUAAGAAAGUAUUCAUAUACCCAUAGUAAGAAAAAUGACGCAUUUGUGGAGAUAAACAAUGAAAAGUUGAGGCUUGCUAAGAAGAUAGUUGAACUCGAAGACGAAAACGAAAAGAUAAAGGCCGGAAUCAUCACAACAGAUAAAAGGAUUCAAGAAAAAGAGGAGAAACUCCGAGCACUUUCGAGACCUUCCUUCAACGAAAUAUAUCUUGAGAUUGUCAAGGGCUUUGGAACCGAGUUCAUUGAAGGUGACGGAAGGAAGUAUUGCAGGAUUAAGAGCAAGAAAAUGGGAGAUGUCUUUACUAUUGAUAUUGGUUCGGAUGUUUCCCUAUUUGAAAUAACCAAUUCCAUCUGGGAAAAAAUCUAA